UCUCACUCUCAGCCCUCACUUUGUUUUCAUACCAACAAAACUCAAAUAAAUUUGCCUUCCAAUUUUCUUCUUUCACUUCUCAUAUAAAAUCGAACCCUUCUCCUUAAUGUGCGCAUUUUUUCUCCCCCAAACCCUAACCGCUUUUCUAAAUGUCCGAGCAUCAAUCACCGGACGACGGCGGAGAAAUGGCGGCACAUGACAACGUCGGCUCCAAGCGUUAUCGUCGACCCAGCGUAAGGUUAGGCGACAUUGGUGGUGAACAUUCUUCGUUCGACCAACGGAAAUUCAAGUCUCUCUGGAAGGAUUCAUCCAACAGUAAUCGCCAUCGUACAAACUUAUCAAGUAAUCAAACUCUUACUCUUGUUGAUACUAACCCUAAUGAAAGUAGCAAUUCUAGGAAAAAAUGGAGUAAUGUUGAUGAAGAGGAUGUUGGGGAUGCGAAUUUGGAUGAUGUUACGAUUGGUAGUUGGAAGAUUAAGAAUUUGAAAUCUAAGAAGGGGCUAGUGACUAAGAAGAUGAGGUCGGGUUGGACUCCUAAAGUUAAUGAUAGUGAAAAUGACAAAAUGCUCAGCACUGAUGUCGAAGAUUUGGAGAAUAAUGAACACAGCCCAGUUCAUUCCCAUGACAAUAACAAAACUAAUGAUAAUGUAAACAUGAGUACUAUUGACAUUGAUAGGAGAAUUGAUAAUGUGAAUAGUAGGAAGAGGGCAAUUAGGGUUUCUGAGGAUGUCCCAACUGAUACAAAGGCCCCAGAUUGGAAGAGGAAUGGGAUUAAGGUAUGGCUGAACCAGUUGGGACUUGGUCAGUAUGCCUCUCUGUUUGAGAUUCAUGAGGUUGAUGAUGAGGUUUUACCAAUGCUAACAUUGGAGGAUCUAAAGGAUAUGGGAAUCACUGCAGUCGGAUCGCGAAGGAAAAUGUAUUGCUCAAUUCAGAACCUCAAUAAAGGUUUCUCAUGAGUUUCUACCAGGGAAAAGUUCAGAUGCAAUUCUGAUAUACUAGCAAUGGCUGUGAAGUGUACAGUGCUCUUACUGUUGGUAACAUCUUUGUUUAUUUGAUCCUAAAUAGAUCAAAACUUUUGAGCCAGAAAAAAUAGUGAAGCAUCAUUCAAGAAAAUGAAUGGUAGUUACUCCUUAGUUUUCCUAAUAAAGUUUUAUGUCCAAUCUUCUUUUCACAAUCUUGAUUUUGCAAUCUUAUUUAAGCUGAUUUCACAAUCUUAUUUGACUUCCACAACUCUUAUUUGGUUGCUUAAUGUGUGUUGCUGCUACUUCCGAAAUGACUGGACUGAGACAUUGGCAUCCUUUCUUUCUCGAGUACCUGCAGCGUUGUGAAUUGUAUCUUCAAUUCAUUGUAGCAUGAGGAGCUCUAGAGAACAUUUUCUUUGUGAUAAGGUAAAAUAAUUUUAUUGAUGAUUGAUGAUGGGAGUGAGCUGUAGAGAACAUUCCCUUGGACCCUCUAAUGUCCAUGAUCCCAAAAAAAAAAA